AUGAGCGAUUUGCUUAGCUUCUUGGCGUUCAGCAAGCACAUUGCAGCCCUAUGGUCGCAGGACAAAAGGAUCUUGUACUACCGUGGGAAGCCCAUUAGGAUCGAACGCUUCCAGCAGAUGGCGAGGGACCUGAUGGCCGAGCUCGAAGAUGGGAUGUGGCAAAAGUUACUCUGGGUCCCUGACAGAGAGGGCAGGUUUGCGAUCCGGCUCGAUUUGAUCCAAGAUGAUAUCACCUUGUCUCGCCGCGGCUCAUACUUUGUUAACGAAGAAAACGGGGUUAUGCAUGGACUCCACUAUAAGCUCGAGCGAGUGAUGCAAAGAAGCGAAGGGAGAAAGCUACGUGCACCCGAGGGCCAGUGGAACGUCUGGUAUGUAAACCGAUAUCUGAGCGUUGUAACCUACUUCCUAGAGAAGAAGCCGGUCGCCUACCACGUCUUUAAUGGUCAGCGAGCCCGAGGUAGUGAGCUUGCGACUAUGCGAUUCCGGAACGGCGUGCUGCAGGACCGGAACCAGCCAUUUGCCGAGUACCUACAGGUUAAGGUGCUGGGUGGCUCGUUCAGCGACUACAUCUGGGCCGAUAGCCAUGGCCCGUGGGGAACAGACCGAUUGACCCCAGCCUUGAAGCAGGAGACGGUAAAGCAUUUAGACGUAGCGCUUAACACGCGUGAGUAUCUACACGUCGCUGUUGGCAUCGGAAGGGUAGCUAUAGGAGAGUCGUUCAGCCGCGGGUAUUAG